ACAGAUUUUUUUCAGAUUCAAUUAUUCAGCGUGUAAAAUAGAGUACUGUCUUCUAAACAUCGAGGAUGAGUGUACACCUCUCUGAGCGCACAGAAAUUUGAGAAUGUCGUCCACGAACAGAUACGGCCCAUUGAUUGGUGCCUUAGAUGAAGGAACGAGUAGCACCCGUUUUAUGGUUUUUUGUGCACGCACAACAGAAAUUCUCACUUACCAUCAAAUGGACAUAAAUGUGGAAUGCCCUCAGGAAGGCUGGGUUGAACAGAAUCCAGUAGAAAUUUUGUCUGCUGUACUUCAAACUAUUAAUCAGUGUGUAGAAAACUUGAAAGAACAUGAAAUUGACCCAGCUGAUAUUGUAACUAUUGGUAUAACCAACCAAAGGGAGACUACUAUGGUAUGGGAUCCAAAUACAGGAAAACCUCUGUACAAUGCUAUAGUUUGGUUGGAUGUAAGAAAUACAGAUACUGUUGAUGAGCUGCUAAAAGGUGUUCCAGAGAGGAAUCAAGAUUACUUCAAACCCUACUGUGGUCUACCAGUAAGCACAUAUUUCAGUGCUCUGAAACUAAAGUGGAUGAUGGACCAUGUUCCUACAGUAAGAAAGGCUGUUGAUGAUAAGUCAUGUAUGUUUGGUACUGUGGACACUUGGCUUAUAUGGAACCUGACAGGAGGCCCUAAUGGUGGUCUGCAUGUGACUGAUGUUACCAAUGCUUCACGGACUAUGUUGAUGAACAUCGAGACACUUCAGUGGGAUGACACACUCUGCAAAGUUUUUGGUGUUCCUAAAGAAAUACUGCCUGAAAUUAAAAGUUCAUCAGAAAUUUAUGGGCGUAUUGCUGUUUCACCUUUGGAAGAUGUCCCAGUCUCAGGUGUGCUUGGAGAUCAACAGGCUGCUCUUGUUGGCCAAAUGUGCCUGCAGCGAGGGCAAGCGAAGAUCACUUAUGGAACAGGAGCCUUCUUGCUUUACAAUACAGGAACUGCUGCAGUGCAGUCAAAUCAUGGGCUUUUGACAACUGUAGCAUACCGUAUGGGUGAAAAUUCACCUCCUGUUUAUGCUUUGGAAGGUGCCAUUGCCAUUGCAGGUGUUGCAUUUCGUUGGCUGAAAAAUAACAUCAGACUUUUGGAAAAUGUCUCAGACUCAGAAAGAGCAGUAGAUGCAGCUCAUAGUGAAGUUUAUUUUGUCCCAGCAUUUUCAGGACUUUAUGCCCCAUACUGGCGAAAGGAUGCACGUGGUGUUAUAUGUGGAAUAGAAGAAACAACAACAGGAGCAGACAUUAUAAAGGCAGCUAUGGAAGCAGUUUGUUUUCAGACAAGAGAUGUUAUUGAUGCUAUGAAUAAGGACUGUGGAAUUACUGUGAAGAGCCUACUUGUGGAUGGUGGUUUAACUGUAAACAACACAAUAAUGCAGCUGCUAGCAGAUAUAUGUGGCAUUUCAGUUGUUCGGCCAGAUUUAUCAGAGGCAACUGCUUUAGGAGCUGCUAUAGCUGCUGGGAUUGCAGAAGGAAUAGAAGCAAUUGAUAUAAAAAAUGUUUGUUUAUCAUCUACUGAUGUCUUUGAACCAUCAGUAUCAGAGGAUGAGCGUGAUAUAAAAUAUUCCAGGUGGAAGAUGGCCAUAGAAAGAAGCCUAAACUGGGAACUAGAGAUUGUUGAAGAGGAACUAGCCCAGCUUCAUGGAGACGAUAAGGAGAAAUAUUUGCAAUCAUCUAUACCAUUCAGUCUGUUUGUUGUUUUAUCGUUUGGUCUUUUGGCUAUUUCUCAACAUUUAGCAAAAGUGUAG